AUGUCAAAUCCAAGUAAACUUUCAAUUAGUCCACCAAAUACAUUUCAACAUGUUGGUGGAUCAAAUUUACAUGUAAAUAAACCACCAGCAUUACAAUCACCACCUAGAUCACCACCAUUACAACAUACUACAGCACAAAAUAAUUUAGCAAAAUCAACAUCAGCAAGUAAUAUAGCAGGUAUAGCGAAUCAAACCACACCAUCAUCAUCAGGAUCUUCAUCAGGUUCUUCAUCAUUAAAUAGUAUUGGAUCAUUAACUAAAUCAACAUCAAAUAGUAAUUUAAAUAUAAAUCAUUAUAGUAGUGGAAAUGCAACAAUGGGUGCAAGUUUACAAUCUACAAAUACAGGUAAUACAAUAACGCAAUCAUCAUCACCACCAUCAUCAUCCUCUUCAACUAAUAAUAAUAACAAUGUAUUACCAUUACCAAAUAAAAUAUUACAUCAUCCAUCACCAAAGAAAACUACAAAAUCAACAAUUAUAUCAGGUAAAUUAAAGAGAUUCUUUAAAUCACGACCAAGUAGGGAUUCACUUUAUGAGAAACAUAUAUUGUCAGCACCAUUUUCAUCGGCAACAUUAUCAUUUAUAAAUAUAUUUAAGAUCAUUACAGCAUUAAAGAAAACCAAUGCUAUAGAGACUGAAGGAUUAUUUAGAGUGAAUGGUAAUGCUGAAUCUGUACGUUCACUUUGGUUAAUGUUAAAUAAUGUUCAAGAGGCAAUACCAGUUGAUGGGAAUUCAUCAGCUCAUGAUUUAGCUGGUCUAUUGAAAUUGUAUCUUAGAGAGUCAAAAUUCCCUCUCGUCCCAUUGGAACUAUUCACAAGUCCAGCUGUGCCCGCUACAAUCGAUGAAGCUAGAGUAUUUGUUGAAGAGAAGUUACCAACUGAGAAUGUUCGUGUUCUAUCCUACCUCAUUGAAUAUUUGGAGCAGGUUUCUUUGAAAUCUUCAAUCAAUAAAAUGAAUCCCAUUGGAUUGGGUGUUUGUUUUGCACCAAAUAUCUUACGUUCAGUUAAUACCAAUCCUUCAAAUCCACAAUUUCAAGUUCACAUGACAAACAUUCAAUCCCAUUGUAAUUUCAUAACACUACUCAUUGAAAAUCGUUUGAAAAUCUUUAAAGAUUCUGCAUUAUCACCCGUUCAAGGUUCAAAUGAUGAUGAAAUUUUAGAGAAUUUAAUAAUUCAAUCACCUGAUGAUGAAUUAUUUGAUGAACAACAUCAACAUGAACAAGAAUUAAUUGAUUCUUCACAUGAACAUCAUCAUUCAAUUAACAAUGGUGAUAAUAAUAAUAAUGUUGAUACAAGUAAUGUUAAUGGUGGUAGUGGUGAUGAAAAUAAUCAAUCAAAUGUUAUAAAUGAUACAGCACUCUAUGAUGAAUUCAUUAGUUUACUCACUGAUGAAAGUUUAGGUUCAUCUCAAAAGUCUGUAAUCAUUCAAAGAAUGACAACUUUAUUCCAAACUGAUGGUGAUCGUUUCAAAUCUUUCCUUAGAGAUAUGCAAAUUGAUGGUAUUAUCUCUUUAUUAGAAUAUAUAUUAACACUUGAUGAAAAUUAA